UCAUUCCUUGCAGGAACAAUGAAUAAAAAUGAAUUGGGCGUGCAUGUUUUGUCCCCUGAGAAUUGUGACAUUGACAUUUUGGACAACGGAAGGACCGUCAAAGAUGUCAUAGACAAUAAAAUAAAAGAGCUUGGUCAAGUGGACAAUGAAGAGCCAUUCUAUGUGGCAAAUCUAGAUAGCAUGUACGAGAGGCACCUCAGAUGGCUUGCUAACUUACCUCGAGUCAAGCCUUUCUAUGCGGUGAAGUGCAACAACACAGCGGCAGUUUUGAGGAUGAUGAGUGCUCUGGACAUAGGUUUCGACUGUGCUAGCAAGGGCGAGAUCCAGACGGCCCUGUCCCUCGGAGUGACACCCCAUAAAAUCAUUUACGCACAUACAACCAAACCAAUGUCGCACAUCAAAUACGCCUGUGCUCAUGGAGUAGAUAUGAUGACUUUUGAUAAUGAGGAUGAACUCCUGAAAAUGUCUCUCUGUCACCCCAAAGCCAAACUGGUGCUCCGCAUCGCAGUGGAUGACUCCAAAUCCCUGAUAAAACUCAGUUCAAAGUUUGGAGCCAGACUGGUGUCAGUUGGCAAGCUGCUGGAACGCGCUGGAGAGCUGGGCUCAGAGAUCAUCGGGGUCAGCUUUCACGUAGGCAGCGGGUGCACCGGAGGCUCUGCGUUCAAACAGGCCAUUGCAGACGCCCGACAAGUCUUUGACAUAGCGAAUUUGCUUGGAUUCCAGAUGAGACUCUUGGAUAUUGGUGGAGGACUCUCUGCGAUUGGGGACUUUCAAGGGAAAUUUGAAGAGUUUUCAGUCGUCAUUAAUGAAGCACUGGAUGAAUUCUUCCCGCUUGACUGUGGGGUGCAGAUUAUUGCAGAGCCAGGCCGCUACUACGUGGAAUCUGCCUUCACACUGGCAGCAAAUGUCUUUGCCAAAAGAGUAAUCUUUGAUGAGAUGGAUGAAGAUAGCGACGGUGGGGAAAACAGCCCUGAGAGAACGAUGAUGUACUACCUUAACGAUGGAGUGUACGGCUCCAUGAGUUGCGUUGUCAAUGACCCUGCUCACUCCAACCUUGAACCGUAUCUUCACAGGGUUGUUGACAGCAGUGAGCAGAGAUACCGCUCUGUUAUCUGGGGUCCAACCUGCGACUGCUAUGACAAAAUAACUGAUGGCUACUGGAUCCCUGAGUUGCAUGUUGGGGACUGGCUUCUCAUCGACAACAUGGGCGCUUACUCUGUCAGUGUAUCUACUGACUUCAAUAGCUUUGAAAGAGCACACGUUUACGCUGUUGUGACAGCUGAGACAUGGAACGCCAGCCUUUCUCAGCUGGCUAACUAA